GAUGUCUCUCAGGCCUAGCGCGAAGACGGAGGUGAGACGGAACCGGUACAAAGUGGCGGUGGAUGCGGAGGAGGGACGGCGGAGGCGUGAGGAUCACAUGGUUGAGAUCAGGAAGAACAAGAGGGAGGAGAAUCUGCAGAAGAAGAGACGCGAGGGAAUCUCAGCUGCGCAGCAAACGGGAGAGUUAACAGAAAAUCUAGCGGAUGUUUUUUCUGGAAUAUGGUCAGAGGAUAACAAUUUACAACUUGAAAAGACGAUUCUCUUGCGGAAACUGCUUUCAUUGGAGCAAAAUCCUCCUAUAGAUGAUAUUAUACAAUCUGGUGUUGUCCCUCGCGUUGUGGCGUUUCUUUCAAGAGCUGAUUUUCCAGAACUUCAGUUUGAGGCAGCUUGGGCUCUCACCAACAUUGCUUCAGGGACAUCAGAGAACACAAAUGUCAUCAUUGAAAGUGGUGCUAUCCCGAACUUCAUCAAUCUUCUCAGCUCGGCUAAUGAGCAAGUCCGCGAACAGGCUGCUUGGGCAUUGGGAAACGUUGCUGGAGACUCACCAAAGUGCCGUGAUCUUGUCUUAAGUUUCGGUGCCAUGUUGCCUCUUCUGUCUCUGUUCAAUGAGCAUACAAAGCUCUCAAUGCUGAGGAAUGCUACAUGGACUUUAUCAAACUUCUGCAGAGGGAAGCCUCAGCCUUCAAUUGAGCAGACAGGCCCAGCUUUACCAGUGCUUAAGAGCCUUGUGCAAUUAACAGAUGAUGAGGUUCUUACAGAUGCAUGCUGGGCUCUGUCAUACCUCUCGGAUAACACUAAUGAAACUAUACAAGCGAUUAUCGAUGCAGGCGUUGUCCCUCGCAUCAUCCAGCUCUUAGCUCAUACGUUGCCGGCAGUUCUGACUCCUGCUCUUCGUACCAUUGGAAAUAUUGUAACCGGCAAUGAUCUACAGACUCAGACGGUUCUCGACCACCAAGUGCUUCCUAGUCUUUUCAACAUUAUUACAAACAGUUACACCAAGAGUAUCAAGAAGGAAGCUUGCUGGACUAUCUCAAACAUUACAGCUGGGAGUUUCAGUCAGAUACAAGCAGUGAUUGAAGCAGGUAUCAUUCAGGCUCUUGUUUGGGUACUCCAAAACUCCACAGAGUUCGAAGUGAAAAGAGAAGCUGCUUGGGGAAUCUCAAAUGCUAUUUGUGGUGGCACUCAUGAUCAAAUCAAGUUUAUAGUGAGUCAAGGGUGUAUCAAACCGAUAUGCGAUCUUCUAACCUGUCCGGAUCCAAGAAUCGUAAUGGUUUGCUUAGAAGCGUUGGAGAACAUACUGAAGGUUGGAGAAGCAGUGAAGAGCUCAGGCCUCACAGCAGACGUGAACCUCUACGCUACAAUGAUAGAGGAAGCAGAAGGACUUGAGAAGAUUGAGAAUCUUCAGAGCCACGAUAACGAUGAUAUAUACCAAAAAGCUAUGAAAAUCCUUGAGAACUAUUGGACUGAAGACGACGAUGAGGAAGAAGGCAACAAUGAUGUUCCUUCUGGUCUAUUCAACUUUAUAUGAAAGGACAUAUGGGGCAGUGAUAACGUGAAGUAGAAGAAAUCGUCGCUCACUCCUCACAUCUCGUGGGGUAUAUGAUAUAAACAAUAUUGUUUCAUGUUUCUUUUGAAGUUUGUCUGUGUUUUCGGGGGAAGAGAAAACAAUUACGUUUGGGUGUUUUUCAAUAACGAAUUUUUGUUACCACGAGUGGAAAUUAGCUCAAGUGAUUGUGAUCUGUUAUACUUGUACUCUUGUUUCGUGAUAUAAGUUUUAGUAGUAUUUUAUUAAAAACUAGGGGUUGGCACGCCCUACGGGCGGGUGAAUUUAC